AUGGCGGUCAAAACAACGAAAUCCAAAGUCGCGAAGAGUACCAGGAAGGGAGGAACGGCUAGUAGUAAGAGACAUACGUUCCAAACAUUCACGCAAAAAAUAGCAUCGAUAAAAAUCGAUCCGAUACGAAGAAUCCGCCGCUUCGAUGAUAGCUUACCAUCCGAGAACUCGUCGCACUUCUUCGAAACCCUCACAGAAUAUAAUGAUCUCUACCUUUCCGCUAUCUACAUCGACUUCACACGGUCGACGACCCAAUACACCGAGUCAUUACCUCAUAUCCUAUACCACCAAGACUUAAUCGCUACAAAUCUCGAAUCAUCGAUCUUAAAAUGCGAGACCGACGGCGAGGAUACCAGUCUACAACCGCUGCUGGGUCUCAUCCCACAGCUCGCCAGAGACCUAGGUGUGGAGUUUGAAAAGCACUUUGAGCGAUUCGUAAAGCUUAUCACCGGUGUUAUCGUUCGAACUAAGAAUGUCCAGGUGGUUGAAUGGGCGUUUGAAGCCCUGGCGUAUGUACUCAAGUACCUCAGUCGGCUGCUAGUGGAGGAUUUACGACCGUUAUAUACCAUUGUUGCGCCGCUGUUGGGGAAAGAAACGCAAAAGUACUAUACAACGAGGUUCAUGGCCGAAGCCAUGUCCUUUUUAAUACGAAAGACGAAGGGGGAAGGGUUGAGUUCAAUUAUCCAGUUCAUUGCUAGAGACCUCAUAGAAGCUUGCCGGAGCGAUAAAAAGUUUAGUGCAGAGCAGUAUAUCUACGGUCUAAGGACUCUGUUUGUGGAUACAUGUAUGGGGGUAGACCACACCCUGCAUACUAGGGCCGAACCUAUACUGAAGGCUCUUCUAGCAGAGAGCUUAGAUAGGGAGCUAGGUGGUGAAGUACCGAAGUGGGAAGAGGUGGUUACCGGGACACUUAUCGGCUUGAUUCACAGGGUAAAACAGGAGACGGCUGGGCCUCUACUUCAGACUGUUUACGAGUUCGCGGAGAUGGUAUCGAAAUCUGGGCAGCACCUGGGAUUUGCAGCGGACUUGAUGUUUGCAGUCGAGGGCACCAGGAAAGGCAGCCGGAUUAGCAACUGGGAACUACCCUCGGGUUUGUCGUUCGGUCUGCUUAAGGGAGCUACCUCUGCAGCAGACGAGGAUUGUUACUGGCGCAUUCUGCAAGGAGUCGCCCUCGUGUUCCAACAGGCUGACCUUGGCUUCGUUUUACCGAAUCUACGAGAUCUUUUUACCUCGCUGUCUAGUUUCAAAGAUGGGAAAUUCUUUCUAUCCUUCUCUGUUUUAUUGGCAGAUUCUGGCCUGGCUAGGUUUGGUGAAAUCUGGGCAAAGGAGAUGAUGAAAUUCGUUUCUGCGAACUGGAACAGGCAUGAAGAUGAGAUCUUGAUGACUUUGGCGAAACUUCGAAAACUUUACGAAAGCCAGGCUGAGACCUGGACCUUGAGAGAUAUCCCUGCUUCAGCGCUGCUAGGAGUGGAGAAAGCCAUCACAGAGCUAUCUAAGCAUUGCAAGGCUACUGAGGAUGCUAUGGACACUGAUGAAGAUAACUCCGCUCUUAUUAGGGUGUACAGUUAUCUCGAAGUCCUAAAAUUCUCUACUGUGCGAGAGGCGCAGAAACAAAACUUAGCGAAGUCCAUGAAGACUCUAUUCCAGGAUCUACGUGCUACACUCGUUGGAGAGAAGCUUCCGCGUCAUAGAAUUCUUGCCGUCAUGGGGUUGCUAUUGUAUAUCUUAGUUGAUGUUGAGAAAGCCGGAUCUACAUUCUGGGCCGAUGUUUGGGAAUCCUUCUCGGACCUAGGCACACAACAUGGGUUUCUAAUCGGGAUCAAGAGAGCAUUGGAGAAGAAAAGGAUACAACCGCCGCCUCAAGACACUGAACAAUUUGAAUCAAUAUUCUCGAUUUUGGAAAAGAACUUAGAAUCGCCAAGCCACGAGCUCCGAAGCGCUUCUUUGGAUACACUGUCUCUCAUCUGCGCCUCAGGAUCAACCGAAGAAGUCGAAGCUAUUGAUUUGAUGCAAACGAUUGAGAACACUGCGAUCUCGAUUACGACAUCAAGAAACAUCUCUAUGCAUGUUCGAAAACUUGGAUUAUCCUACCAAGCUGGAACAUGUGAUAAAUGGGGAGCUCGGUUGCUACCUCAUCUCUGCUUUGGCUUGCUUACCGUCAAGUAUGCACCGCUAUGGGAGGAUGUCAUCGGAACCUUAGCGAAGGUUGCGGAAAAGAAGGAUGACGAUGUUGCUUCACUGGUUUUCUCAUGGCUCACGGUGCCAAAGUUGUCAGACGAGGAUGACGUACCGGUGGCGGAAGAGCAGGAAGGGAAUCGACAUGUUUCCGAAUUUGAGUGUUCAAACUUGGAACAGUUGCUUAAGCUAGCUGUGAAGACCCGGGUCGCGUCAACCGAUCCACUGGAUGUCAUCAACAACAGUAUCGACAAACUCAAGGAUGCAGUAUUGACUCAAGAGGUAUCCCGAAGUCAAGCGCUAAGAGUCCUCCAUGAGGUCCCUCAAGUCGCCGAAAAGCGCUCUCGCCAGCUCGUACCGCUCUUUUUAGAAUGGGCACAACAGCGAAACGACGACUCUGGGGAUGACGAAGAUGGGGGAUCUGAGACUUCAUCGAAAUGGAGCAGAAAUGACCAAAUGGCCAUGCUAAACGUCUUUUCUAAAUUUCAUAAUCCCAAGGUUCUCUUCAGGUCGGAAGAAGUAUACACCGCAAUGUUAGAUAUCGUGGCUUCUGGUGACACUAAGCGACAAACCGCCGCUUUGGAGUGCAUCUUUACGUGGAAGCUGCCUGCAAUCCGCCCUUACCAAGAAAACCUCACGAAUCUUAUCGAUGAAUCAAAGUUUCGUGAUGAAAUCACCAACUUUAUACAGGUCGACAAGGAUGAAAGUAUCAUUCAGGAAAAUCAUCGCGGGCAACUCAUGCCAGUUCUCCUCAGAGUCUUAUACGGCCGGAGUUUAUCACGAAAAAAUGCUUCUGCCGGCAGCAGAGGAAUGGAAAGCAGAAGAAUAUCAAUCCUCGCAAGUCUCGCAAACUUUAACGACGAGGACAUCAAGAUGUUCGUUGACAUCGCUAUGGAGGAGUUUAAGGAUUUGGAAUUCGUGGAAAAAUCAAACCCACAGGAAUUCUCUUUCGAUACCGAUGCUCUUGAUAGUCUUAAAGCCACACCGAGAAAGCAGCUUGGUUUUGUCAAUAUGGUUGAAGAUAUGCUCAAACAGCUUGGGAAAUCGAUAGCCCAUGUCAUUGAACCCGUCUUCGAUAACUUGAUGGUCUGUCUUGUCAAUGCGUCGCAGCAUAGCACCAAAGAUACCGAAAGCGAAUUCGAGGCAGAAAACCUAAAGGCCUACAGAACCGUCCGCCAGGUUGGGUUCAGGUGUAUCAACGAAUGCUUCACGAGGUAUCCCGAGAUGGCUUGGGCGCAGUACAUGCCCGCCUUCUUUAAGACACUGGUGGAACCGAGGGUGCCAAACUUUGCCGCUGAGCAUGCACAGUCGAAAUCCGGGCUACUCAAUGUGUUCGUUACAUGGUCCGCGCACUCGAAUACAGCGUUAUUCUUACAGCAGUAUAAUGACAACGUUCUACGGCAAAUUGCUGAGUGCCUUGGGAUCCCUUCGGUUAGCAAUGAUGUGGUGCUAGAGAUUACCACAUUGGUGCUAAAUCUUGUUCUUCGAGUUGAAGAAGGGGACUCUAACGUUCUAAGAAAGAAACUGCUGGCGCCAUAUGUUGAUUCAUUCCUCCAGAGGUUUGGGAUAAUUCUCGAGAGGAGCUUGGCUAAGGAGACUUUGGAGAAAUGCGUGGAAGCUGUGUCGCAGUUAGCUGCGUAUGCUGAUGGUACCGUAGAAACGAGGAAACUACUUGAUAUUUCACUCUUCCUACUAUCACAGCCCACACGAAGAGUUAACCCGAAGGCAAAGAGCGAUAUUCUUAGGAUUGUCUACAACAUUCUUCCCAAUCUUCUGGAAGAGCUCGAUGAUAAUCUGAUCGAGAAGGCAUUUAAAACAGCUACUUCUCAGUUCUCAUUCUUCAGGGACCGGGAAAGUAGAGAACUCCUUGCAAAGGUUCUGACAAUCUUCGCAGAGAAAGAUGAAUCGCUUGAAGAGGUCGCCAAAUUCUGCGAGGAUAUGAACACUUAUUCGAUGCGAGCGCUCGGCGAGCCCGACUUUAACAAGCGAUUAUCUGCCUUUGCAGAGAUCAAUGAGGACCGGUACCAGGUUCUUACCCCCAAGCAGUGGACUCCUAUUGUUUACAACAUGCUUUUCUUUAUCCGAGAUCAAGAAGAGUUGACGACUCGUACGAACGCCUCAUAUUGCCUUCAGAGAUUUGCUGAGAGGGCUGGUAAAGCCGUUGGAGGGGAUGAAGAAGUGGCUUUCGCGGAUAUAAUAUCAACUAUAGUGCUACCAGCCAUCAAAAAUGGACUUCGUGAAUCUUCCGAGCUUAUUCGUGUGGAGUAUAUCAACGUUCUCGGCCAUAUUGUCAAGGAAUGCGAGACUUCCGACGUCAAGGAUAUGCAUCCUCUUCUCUUUGGUGGAGACGAGGAAGCCAACUUCUUCUUCAAUAUCUUACACAUUCAACAGCACCGUCGAGCAAAGGCUAUUCGAAAGCUUGGUGACAAGGCUGAAACAACAAGGAUUGGGAGCUCAAGUAUUGCGCACUACCUUAUUCCAUUGGUUGAACAUUUCAUCUUCGACCAGGAUGAAGGGGCCCAUAAUCUCGCCAGCGAUUCUAUCAAGACUUUGUCAACACUGGCAGCGAAUGUUGAGUGGCCGCAAUACAGAGCCUUGUUCAAACGGUAUCUUUCUCAGAUGAAAGAAAAUCCUGGGGAGGAGAAAGUUGCUAUCCGAGUUAUUAGUGGUAUGGCCGAGGCGUUGUUGAGGACGAAGGAGAAACUACCUGGAAAGACGGAGGCAGCGGGCGAAGAUGUCGUGAUGGAGGGAGUUGAACUUCAUGUUCCGGCACUCGAGGCUUCACUGCCUGCACCGGAAAAGCUUGAAGCCGAUAUCCUUCAAAAAAUGCUCCCUCAGCUGCUCAUAUUCCUGAAGCAGAAGGAUGAAUCCACCGUUAGCCUGCGGGUUCCUGUUGCAGUUGCUAUCGUUAAAUUGAUUAAAGUAUUAUCCGACGAUACGAUGGGGAAGCAUCUUUCUCCCGUUCUCACAAGUUUAUGUCAUAUCCUCCGCAGCCGUGAUUCCAAUUCUAGGGAUCUCACUAGGCAAACAUUAUGCGAGAUCGCUGGUCUUCUAGGGCCUAAGUAUUUCGGGUUCAUCCUCAAAGAACUCCGAGGCGCACUUCUUCGGGGAUACCAACUUCAUGUUCUAUCAUUCACAGUUCACGCGAUCAUGGUUGCUGCUGUCCCGAACUGGGAAGUUGGUGCUUUAGAUUACUGUGCAGCGGGGAUCAUGAAUGUCGUUAUGGAUGAUACCUUUGGUGUUACAGCUUCAGAGAAGGAGGCCGACGGGUACACUAACAAGAUGAAAGAGAUCAAGUCGAACAAGAGCUAUGAUACUGCCGAGUUGCUUAGCAGUAUUACUACGCUUCCGUAUCUCGGAGACCUUGUCAAACCCAUUCGUGCAGUUUUGCUUGAGAAGCUAAACUUUGGGAUGUUGAGAAAGGUUGAUGAGUUAUUCCGUCGUCUCGCGCUUGGUAUCAUGAAAAACCAGGGGGCGAAGAGUCGGGAUGUUUUAGUCUUCAGCUACGAACUUGUUGAGGAAGCGUAUAAGGCAUCGAAGGUUGAAGAAAAAGUUAAGGAGAUGUCAAUCAAAGAUGAAAUUCGGGAGCGAUUUAUCGUCAACCUGCGGUACUCGAAAUCGAAAUCUGCCAGCGAGAGAAAGAAUAUUUAUUGGUUCAAACUGUUACGGUUUGCAAUGGAUAUCGUCAGAAACAUUGUUCAGAAACACAGCGAGUUGAUGACGCCGGCAAACAUGGAUGCUUGGGUUACAGUUGUUGGUGACAAUAUCCGCGCUGACGAGGAUGAGCUCAAGAUUGCAGCUAUGCGAUUGUUGACGACUGUCAUCAACGUCCCUCUACCCAAGAUUGACAAGAGUGUUCUCGUCUUCGUCAAGGACUGUUACCAAAUUCUUCAAGAUUGCCCGUCGACCGGUUCGGAGCUUGCACAGGCCAGUUUGAAGCUUCUUGGCACCAUUUUGAAGGAGAAGAAAUCUGUUGAGGUCAAACCUGCGGUUUUAUCCUAUGUUCUGAUGAGGAUCCAGCCGGAUCUUGUGGAAUUGAAUCGGCAGGGUUUGGCGUUUAACUUCCUGAAAUCUGUGCUUGGGAGGAAAGUCAUGGUUCCUGAGGUCUACGAUGUUGUUGAGGAGAUCUCGAAGCUUAUGGUUCGAAGUCACUCGAAGUUGGUGCGAGAUAACUGUCGAGGGCUAUACUUCCAGUACUUGAUGGAGUAUCCGCAUAGCAGAAAGAAACUAGAUAGUCAACUGAGUUUUCUCAUCGAUAAUCUAGGGUACGAACAUCAGGAGGGGAGAGAGUCGGUACUUGAUGCGAUCAAUGUCCUGUUGAUGAAAGUUGGAGAUGAUCUCGCGCAGGAAGUUGUUGUGGAUUUCUUCCCGUCUUUGGUUGUAGUUGUGGCGAAUGACGAAGCGGAGAAGUGCAGGGAAUUCGCACUAUACCUAAUGAAAAGGAUUUUCCAGAGGGCGGAUGAAGAGCGCACUGCUGCGUUUUUGGGGCAGAUGAGAGGAUGGUUGGGGAGGGGACAAAAGGAGGUUUUGAGGAGAGUUUGCUUGAGGUUGUGGUUGGUUUAUGCAGAAGUUUCUGGGGAAGCGAUGAGGAAUGAGUUGGGAUUCAUCACAAGUAAGAUCGAGGAGGUGGCGAAGGAAGCGAUGGCCGGCGAGGACGACGAGUUGAUGGAUGACGAAGAACCUAUGGACGUUACAUGGGAUCAAGUGCACUAUGCGCUCCAAUUGUGGGUGAAGCUAUCGCGGGUAUUCCGGGAAGAUGCAAUGUCUGGGAAAUAUGCUGGCCUUUGGAAAGCUGUUCGAGCCUGCGAGGCAUCUACAGAUGCGAAGGUUAAGCUUGUUUCAACUCAGCUUACCGGAUUGUUUCUUUCAGUAUUUCCUCAAGAUUACUCGACACUGCCUUUGCGGAGUGGGAAAGGAUUGGAAUUGGAUGCUCGCGGCCUUUACGAAAUUGCAAGGAGUUGCUCUGGGUUAUUGCUGGCAGGUGAUCUCACGGAACCUCUGUCGCAGCAGGCCAUUGCAAACUUGGUGUUUGUGGGACGAUGCUUCCAAGCUACGAAGCUCUUGAAAUCUCAAGUUAACACAUCUACUGAAGUGCCUAGAGAAGAGAAGGAAGAGAGCGGAGACGAAUGGGGUGGGAUCGAAGAGAAUGAUCGGGAGGAAGAAGCCGCUCCAUCUGAAAGUGAAGAUGAAGCAGAUGAGACUGGAUCCAAAGGCGAUAACUCUACUGCACUUUCAUGGCUUGUUCACCGGAUUAACAGUGUCAUUCGCAAUGAUGAGAUGAUACACCGAAAGAACAUACUUGGGAAAAAGGCCGCUUUACUAUGGGUGGCUACGAUGACCCAAGAGAUUAUGACACCGGAAGAUCUCUCCGGUUUGGCCGUUAAGAUUAUCUUGCCCAUAUACAGUCUCGUAGAGUCUGAAAACGAGAAUUUAAAUGACCUUAAACCAGUCGGCAAGAUGGUGUUGCAGACACUUUCUACGAAGAUGGGAACAACGGCCUAUGCCCAAGCUUACGCAACAGUUAGAGCAAUGGUACUAGAAAGAAGGAGAGUGAGACGUCACAAACGAUCGAUCCAGUUGGUCACAAAUCCGGAUAUUGCUGCAAGAAAGAAGAUCAGGAAGCAUGAGAGAGGAAAGGAGAGUAAGAGGGAGAAAAACAAGAUAUUCAGAGAUAACAGAAGAGCAAAGUUUGGAUUUACAUGA